GCACCAUAUUGAACAAACAAACCGAUAUUUUGCUUCACUUUGGCAGUUUACUUUGAGUACUUUCUCAGCUACACAACUGGGAAAAUAACGAUUAGACCACUGAAAUUGUUCUCCGACGGUCACAAUGAAGCUAGCGGAAAUUAAAAAGUUAAAAGUAGCCGAGCUGCGGUCCAGGCUUAAAGAACUCGGCUUAGACAACAAGGGUCUAAAGGCUGAGCUGUUGGGGAGGCUGUGGUCCGCGUUAGAGACACAACAAUGCGGGAGCAACGGCUCACCGACUCCCACGUCCCCGGAGGAGUCUACGGACCGACACGACCCGUCCUCGUGCCCCCCGGGAGGAGCAGCCGCCGCCGCCGUCGCUGAGCAACGCGAACCGGACAACUCCCGGGAGUACGCAGACAGCGCCACCCAGACGGAGGGCGACUCCGGCCCGCCCUCACGGCGAGGCCCGGAGAGCGGUUCGGGUUCAGAGUGUGGACCGGGGAACCAGGCACAGGGGUGGGGGGCCGGGAGACCUGUUUCCUCGGAGGAGAUGGGCAGAGGAAGAGCUUUCUACGAGUUCAAAGAGGAGAUGCGAUACAAAAGAGCCAAAUCACCUCAACCUCCAGUGGAGAGGGAGGUGAUGGAGGAGGAAGAUGAAGUCAAACUAGACGCGUACAACAGUCACCUGCACUUUGAGGGGGGUCCCGAUGGCGCAUGUGGCCAGCCGCGGUUCUGGGCCCGAUUCCCCUCGCUGUGGUCCGGGUGCAGGCUCACCCACGGGGUGCUGCAGGGGAAGGUGGGCUUUGAAGUGAGGCUGGAGAGGAAGCUGUUGCCGACACAGCUGGAGGAACAAGAAGACAUGGAUCCUUGUGGCCUGAGAGUGGGCUGGUCUACGGCCAACACCUCUCUACUGCUUGGUGAAGACGAGUUGUCGUUUGCUUAUGAUGGGCGUGGUAAAAAAGUGUCCGGUGGGAAAGAGGAAGCGUUUGGAGAACUCCUCUCAGAGGGAGAUAUCGUUGGCUGUUAUGCUUCCUUCUCCACAGACGGGGCUGUCGAACUCUCUUUCCAUAAGAACGGUCGGCUCAUGGGUGAAGCCUUUUCCCUGGAGGCCUCUGUGCUGCUGUGUCGUCCUCUGGUUCCUCACGUCCUCUGUAAAAGCUGUUCAGUCCGAGUUCUCCUGGACCCCAAAGCUGCUCCCUGGUACCCUGGUCCUCCAGGGUUCACGCCGCUGGCAGCCCUCUCUGGCGGACAGAGGGUGCGCACCACAUUGCCUCCUACUUGUAAAGCGCAGUGUGAGGUGUUGUUGAUGGUCGGUCUUCCUGGUUCUGGGAAGAGCCACUGGGCCAGGACUCACAUGAAGCAGCACCCCGAGGAGCGGUACAAGCUGCUGGGCACAGAGGAGCUGCUUGCAUGUAUGAUUAGUGGCGGACGGAGGGACAGCGCGCUGCAGCAGGCCUCUCAAUGCCUCGCUGAGUUGAUCAAGAUCGCCGCUCAGACUCCGGGCAAUUACAUCCUCGACCAGUGCAACAUCCUCUUCUCCGCACGGCGUCACAAGCUGCAGCUGUUCACAGGCUUCAGGCGCCGGGCGGUGGUGGUCUUUCCUUCAGCAAACGAGUGGAAAAGACGACUGUCUCUGCACCGGAUGAGUGAUGGGGAGCAGAUCCCCGAGACCGCCCUGCUCAAACUCCAAGUGAGCUGCAGUCUUCCAGAGCAGUGCGGUGACCUGCUGGAGGAGCUGCAGUACGUUGAGCUGCCUCAGGAUGAGGCACGGACUCUCCUGGAAGAGAACCGCGACGAGGCUCGCAGACUGCUGCCCCCCGUCCCCAAACAAGACAAGAAGAAAUCCCGACUUCAAAAGAAAAGAGCCCACCCUCUCGGCCCUCCGCCCUCACACAGGAUCCAGUGGACUGGGCGUCAUGGGUGGAAAGACACCAGACACAACCAGCAACAGCCAAGAUAUGAGCAGGGCGGCUACUACAGAGACGUCGGUUACAGCGGAAAUGAAGGUUACUGGUGAAGGAACGGACGCCUCUGUGUGUUGCAGGGACACAGUGUUUCCCCCGAGGUUUACAACUUCGGAGGUGCGUAAUGGUAAUGGAUCCACGGAUAAUGGAUAUAAUGGUAGGACAACACUGCAUUCUACUGAUGUCGCUUUGUAAUUGCAUCAGCCGGAAACAUUGAAAAGAACCCCAGACCGCAGCAUAUGUUCUAAUCAAACGUGAUCGGUGGAAACCAGCUCACUAUCAAAGAUUUUUAUUACAAAUAUUUUUACAAUUCAUUCAUGUUUUUACUUCUCUGUUACAAAUGAUGAGAAAAGUACACAGUACUUUGUGAACACCGGUUAAUACAAGAGUAAUAGAUUCCUCAGCUUGUUGAUGGAUUUUCUGAAGCGGUCGACUCUCUGUCGGGCUUCACCGUCUGAUAAAGCAGCACGGCUCCUUUAGCUGAAGGACACAGCUCCGACCACAGCGGGCUGCAUCUGUCCAGCUGCAACACCUCCUGCACAAUUCAAGACAUUCACUCUUGUGUACGUUCAUCUUUUGAGAUACCGUACUCUGCUUCUGAUGGAAUGGCCAAAAGAAGAAAAGCCAUUCUCGAGUUUCUAUUCAGAAAUUCAAAUAUCUGUCAGUUUUACACACCGUUUUGCAGAGAAAGAUGAUUUCUGUGGACUCGCUGGCCUCCGCUCCACCUUUCCGGUACAAUUGUGUUACUUCUUCAGACGUCAACGAGCAGCUGAGGACAUGCCAGAGACGCACAGACUGCAUUAUUAACCCAUGAAUGGUUUUUAAGUUAAACUUCAUCCAUCAUAUGAAGUUAAAGGUUAGGGAUGAAAUAACCUGACGUAAAACUCAGCACUCGGCCUGCCGGCGCUGGUGUGAUUCAGGGCAACGCCCAUCAGGACCGGCGCCCCCAGGGAGCUCAGAGGAACAUUCACCUGCAGAGGGGCGGGGGGAGGACGGCAUGAAGGAAGCGUUGAGGGAAUUUGGUAGAUUUUUCUCUGUCUCUGUCUUUCUCUUGCUAAGUGGUGCUAAAAUGCUGCCUAAAUGUAUAAUUUCCUUCUAACUUCUAAACAAACAUCUUCAUUGAAAAUGUCGGACUUCACUUGAGUUUGUCCUCUACCUGCAAACUUCUUAGUUUAUCACUUUUGUAUAGGAUUUUAUGCUUUCUUUGGAUUGUCUGCUAAUAAACUGAAGAAUUUUUUUGGGA